AUGGAUGACUAUUUGGAUGAAUCUGAGGAUGACUUGUUGGCUGAGUUAGGGUUUCCGGAUAAGGAGAUAGGGUGUAGAGGGCUCUGGAACUUACACCUCAAUGGGGAAUGGUACCGUUGCUAUCGCCCUGAAGGCCAAAUAACUCCCCCUCACGAUGAAUUGACAUUAUCGACAUUGGAUCUGAAUUACAUAUACACUGCCGAUAUAGACGCAGACACUUUCACAAUCUCCUUAUGGAAUGAAUUAUCUGCACCUUCGGCGGUACAAAUGAAUCUCACCAAGAUCCAUGAAAUAUCUCGGAUAAACUUUGAUAUGAUGCGGAAGCCUCAAUAUAUGUUGAGUGAUUAUACUUGUGUGAGCAACAAGGCACAAGCAAAGCAAUUUGAGACGUUUGAAAUCGACUUUGGCAUCCCUACACCCAUGAACGAGCUACAAGAGCGAUUCUUUACCGACCUCGCUUUUGUCUGGCGCUUUUAUCUCGAUGACCCUUCAACUUGGAGAUACGAUUCUCCUGUAUUCAGGGUAUUCUGUGUUGCUUUCCUGCGUCUUGUAGCCUGGGAUUUUGAGGUGUCUUUCGAUUGCAACGUUUGCAAUGUUGAGCUUCCGAUCUCUUUCGCGUCCAUUCCCCUUUGGAGCUACCCCGACGCGGAUGUCUAUUGGUUUCAUGGAUAUCUUCUUAUCUUGCAGGAUGACCUUGAACCAACAGCCAUGAUAAACGGGGCUGUGUCAACAGCCAAAUCAUAUGUUGGCGACUCUCGGCUCAGCCAUGACGACGUUUGCUUGAUUGUAAUUUCACCACGUCAUCUGGUUUUUGUGGAGCUUUCUCGUGAGGUCGCUCUGGCCUCUAGGGGCCUGGUAUUGCUUUCCAACUAUUCAGGCACCGAAUGUUCACCUGGGUUCCGCGCUCUAGCCCGGGUUCUAACAUCAAACUGCUGGAGGAAGCCUCGCGCCCAUAGGGAGAAGUGGCCUGUCCACAUGCCGCUUGAGGUUGUUCAGAUGAUUCUUCAUGAAUUGGAACCGCGAGAUGCCGUAGCAUUUUCGCAGGCAUCCUUCGCUGCUGAGCAAUGCUACUACGCUUCAGAAUCCCAGUUCAAGAACGUUGACGUACAAAGUUUCGAGUCCUCUAUACCUUGUUGCGGCGAGCGCACUGGAGUGACUGGACUGCAGACGUGCGGUAUCCGUUGUUCUGAAUGCUAUGCUUGGCAACACUUGGAAUGUCUUGGUCUGAAGAAUUAUUCUUUCGACUAUCGGUACGUUUGUAUGGACUGCGAGUACAAAGCCUGUAUGGUACCUAAACCUGGCGGGAUACAUGGAAACCGCGGUUUUGGAAAGAGGGAAGGAUGUGAGGUUAGAGCCGAAGGUCUUGUUCAAUCAUUGGAAUUGCGACUCCGCAAACCUUCACCUCCCCAGUUACCACCAGAGCUACAAUUCCUGGGAAAGCUUGUCUUAAAUGUGCCUUCACACAUACAGUACAUAAUCCUUUUCAACAACUCAUUCUCUGGAUUGGCUUAUGGCUUGGACUAUAGUUGUUAA